AUGAACCUACAAUUAUACACCGCACUCAAUCAGUACGGUUGUAUGCCAGGGAACAAUUUCACCAUUGCAGUGCACGGCUGGAUGGAAAGCGCCCAAAACCAGUGGGUUCAGCCAAUGCUGGCCAAUUUUUCCAAGUAUCGCAGGGGAUGCGUUAUGUUCAUGCAAUACGGCCAUGGUCCCACCUACGAGUCAUAUUUUUCGGUACUUUUGCCCAACUUCGACGGGUUGGCGAACCUUUUGGUACAAUUCCUGCGACGUUUGGAAACACUUGGAUUCGAUGCCGGAAAUGGUUUACUGUUUGGGUUCAGUUUCGGUGGCCAAUUGGUGCUGGAAGCCGGUCGAAGAUUGGGGACGCAAAAAUUGGGAAGGAUAGAUGUUUGUGAACCAGCUGGACCUGGCUUCGAUGAUAACGGCACAUAUUCUGCUGCGAUUUUAAAAAAUUCUGCCAAGAAGGUACAAUGUAUCUACACAGGACUUAUGUUUAGUUCCCUCAAUAGGAAUUGUCACGUCAAUUGGAAAAUGGGAUUCUGCGGCAUCAGUCAACCGGCAUCUGGAGCCGUUCUAUCGGAUCACAACAUUUGUCCCUAUUUUUAUAACAGCGCCUUCGAGAAUCGAUUCCCGGCAAUGGCAAAGCCACUGUACUGUCUGUCGACCAAGGCUGCAAUUUCCUGGCCCCAGAACUUCAGAAUGGGAUUCUUCUGUGACGUGAACAGUGGAGCAACCGGAGACUUCUAUGCAAAGACAUCGAGUGUUUUUCCUUAUAAUUAA